CCGCGGCGUGCUGGCGGAGGGCUCCGGGCCCUGCCCCGGCCUCCUGGCCUAUUCCAGCCCCGGACCCGGAACUCUACCCCGGUUGUCUGUCCUCUUCCAGCCUCUCGCCCUCAGCCCCGGACCCCUGUCCCGGGGUCCCCGGCCGGCCCUUUCCAGGCUCCGGGCCCGCAGCUCCCUGCUCACCUCCAGCCGCCCAGCCGCCUGGCCGCGGAGGGUUGAGGCCCCCACGUGAGGUCUCAGGGUUUCCUCGGGAAUCCAGUCGCGAGGGUCAACCGGGUCUCGCUGCCUCUCCAGCCCUGCCGCCACCCCCGCGCAUGAUAUUUUGUUGCUAAACCAGCGUUUUUCAUAAACCCGGUGAUCUGGUGUCUCCUGCUCUGCCCAGCGUGCCGGGCUACGGGUCUCAGGUCACCGCCCAAGCGGCGCUUGGGUGGCUUGCUCGAAAUAAAACGUGCCUGCUUUUUCGUGUGGCCCUUGGAGUUUCCCGUGUACCGUGUAGUUUGCGUUAAUUUUUAAUUGGGCAGCACUGUGCCGCAAUGCUUUUGCUGUCGUGCAGCUACUGCUAUAAUUUUUAGAUGGUUUUUACAUGUGCAGACAUUCCCGUAAAUUACACGUAUUCAGUGAUCCUUUUUGACCCAAGCCAGAAAACAACUGAGCCAUUCAUUAGAACUUGGAUAUGUUUUAAAGGUGAUUUUAGAGUAUUUAAUCCAUUCUGUGAAGCGCCUUUUGCUUCUAAACUGCUGCACAAUAGCAUAUCUUGGUGUGAUAUUUAAGGACAGUCGGGUCUGGCCUUUGAACCAUUAGACCUAGAUUUAAAAUUUUUUUUAAAUAGCAAGUUGAGUCAGUGUCUGGAGGCAUUUACUGAUUUAUGUUUGGAUUAAACGUGACACGUCGCGCCCAGGACCAGGCUUGGGCUCGUGGCCCAGAGGACCAGAUACAUGUCCCAGGGCAGGCACGCGGAGGCCCGGGAGCUCAUGGUCUCAGGAGCGCUGCUGUUCUUCAGCCACGGCCAGAACAGUGCUGCAGACCUGUCCAUGCUGGUCUUGGAGUCGCUGGAGAAGGCGGAAGUGGAGGUGGCUGACGAACUGCUGGAAAAUCUGGCUAAACUGUUUAGUUUGAUGGAUCCAAAUUCUCCAGAGCGAGUGGCUUUUGUGUCCCGAGCCCUGAAGUGGUCCAGCGGGGGAUCCGGGAAGCUGGGCCACCCCCGGCUCCACCAGCUGCUGGCCCUCACCCUGUGGAAAGAGCAAAACUAUUGUGAAUCUCGGUACCACUUCCUGCACUCGGCGGAUGGCGAGGGCUGUGCGCACAUGCUGGUGGAGUACUCCACAGCCCGGGGCUUCCGCAGCGAGGUGGACAUGUUUGUGGCCCAGGCCGUCCUACAGUUUCUCUGUUUAAAAAAUAAGAGCAGCGCGUCGGUGGUGUUCACAACAUACACACAGAAGCACCCGUCCAUCGAGAAUGGCCCUCCCUUCGUGCAGCCCCUGCUCAACUUCAUUUGGUUUCUGCUGCUGGCUGUAGAUGGGGGCAAGCUGACAGUGUUCACGGUGCUGUGUGAGCAGUACCAGCCGUCCCUCCGGCGGGACCCCAUGUACAACGAGUACCUCGACAGGAUAGGACAGCUCUUCUUCGGAGUGCCGCCCAAGCAGACAUCUUCCUACGGGGGCUUACUAGGGAACCUUCUGAGCAGCCUCAUGGGCUCCUCGGAGCAGGAGGGCGACGACAGCCAGGAUGACAGCAGUCCCAUUGAGCUCGACUGACCUGCAUGAAGAACCCCUCAGUCGCGAGCCUUGGACCGUGGGCCUCACCCAGCCGGCUUGCGGCUCUGAGGCUGCAGUGGCUGCACGUAGGCGUCCCUGUUGACAUGCACUGGCCGUGGGCUGUGGGGCCUGCUGGGCUGUGCCGGCGUCCGCUCCGUGUACCUCCAGAUUGACCACAAUAAAGCACAGGCCUGCCGCGCCUCCUCUCCC